CAGCAGCGUCAGAGAAGUAUGUAUGUAGCAGUGGGUCUUCGGCUUGCCUUUGGGGGGAGGGCGUGGGGGAGCUCCAGUUUAAAGCAUCUGCAGGCCCCUACCCCCGAGUCAGGCUGCCUUUGUCAGCCGGGGUCGUCCCACAUCCUGCCACCUGGCCUUUCAGGAAAGCCGUAGUAUUAAGUAAGGAAGGAGCUCAGCUCUUGUUGAGACCGCUUUGUUUUCAGUUCUCCCUGCCUCUGAUCUUCUUUCCUUGGAAAGCUGCUCUGGUCAAGUGUCUCAGGGCCACCUUUUGGGAGAAUCACUGUUUAAGAGUUCUCUGGACUACAGCCCCACUCUUCCAGAUGGUUAAGCAGCCAGUUACUGCUUCAUUCUUCGUGUCUAAGGUGUAUCUUACUUUUUUUUCCAAUUCUUCAUACAAUUUUUGAAUGAGGGGGCUACUUUCCAAAACUUCGAUGGGGUGAUUUGGAUGAAAAAAGUCAGUGAAGUUAACAGAAGGGUGCAAGAAAUGUUAAGGGCAAUAUUGUUUGUCUUUGCCUAUAAGGACAUUACAAUCAUAGCUCAGAAAUUCUUUAUCAUGGGUCAGAUUAUUCUUUAAUUAUAAGUACGGAGAAGGCCAAGUUCUGGGCACUUGGGCAGUGAGUUUUGAUUUCUUUUAAGGAGGCAAUUCUGCAGGCCAUUCGAGGUUGAACCAAUGAAUGAGAUGACACUGGGCUAUGAAAUAUUGACGUUUGCAUGUCUGGCCUAUGAUUGCAGCUCUUACUAUUUGAGAGCUUUGCUGAAUGAUCCUAGGUGCAGAAAAUAAUAGGAGAGUCAGAGAAGCAAAAAGAGGCAACACCUUGUUUCAGACCUUGCUCUUGCCUGUCUGUUCCAAUGUGGGAGCAGCAGGCACUGCAACCACAGGUGUGGUGUUGUGAGGUGAGCAAGGGGGCAGGUGUUGGAAGACUUGGCUUCCAGGCAGAGCCCUGCCCCUGCAUGACAUGGGACCUACCUGAGCAGGACCAGUACUUGAGUUGCUAUAGCAAGAGACCUAGAUGGUCAUGAGAUUUCAAGCCCGGGAAGAAGGGCAUCUUUGAUCUUUAGCCUCAGCAUCAAGCCUGGGUCUUGAUGGUCAGGCAGUGGUCAUAUGUGGUCAGGUGGUGCUUGGUGAGUGAUGGAUGGACAUGUGAAUGACAUCGUGAAAGCAACUUUUGCCAUGCCACAGAGGGGAAGUGUGUGUGAUGUUUUUGUCCCUUCUCUGUGUCUGUGGUCCUGCCAUGAUUUUGUUUAAUUCCACCUGCAGAGAAUGUCUGACAUCAAAGGAGAGAUUGCCAUUUGACCCUGAGAAUGACUUCUUCCGGGCUUCAACAGCUGUCAGAUUAGGAAUCCCGAUCUAAAUCUACCACCAGAAAACUCCUCAGAGGCAACCACGGGGUCAUCCAAGCCACCUCUCCCCUUUGAGUGGCCCAUGCUCACUUAGACCAUUUUAUCAAGGGUGCCUCCACCCACCCAGCACUGGCUCUCCUAUAAUCUAGGUUUUUUGCCUCCCUCUUAGGCCUUGUAGAGCACCAUGGCUGAGCAACUCCUUCCCCUGGCUUUGUAUUUGAGCAACAUGCGGAAAGCUGUGAAGAUAAGAGAGAGAACUCCAGAAGAUAUUUUCAAACCUACCAAUGGAAUCAUUCACCAUUUUAAAUCCAUGCACCGAUACACUCUGGAAAUGUUCAGAACCUGCCAGUUUUGUCCACAAUUUCGGGAGAUCAUCCACAAAGCUCUCAUCGACAGAAACAUCCAGGCCUCCCUGGAAAGCCAGAAGAAGCUCAACUGGUGUCGAGAAGUGAGGAAGCUUGUGGCACUGAAAACGAAUGGGGACGGGAACUGCCUCAUGCAUGCUGCUUCCCAGUACAUGUGGGGUGUUCAGGACACAGACUUGGUGCUGAGGAAGGCGCUCUUCAGCACCCUCAAGGAGACGGACACACGCAACUUUAAAUUUCGCUGGCAGCUGGAGUCCCUUAAAUCUCAGGAAUUCGUGGAAACGGGGCUUUGCUAUGACACCCGGAAUUGGACUGAGGAAUGGGACAACCUUAUCAAAAUGGCAUCCACGGACACACCAGUGGCCCGAAGUGGACUUCAGUAUAAUUCACUGGAAGAAAUACACAUAUUCGUCCUUUGCAACAUCCUCAGGAGGCCAAUCAUCGUCAUUUCAGACAAGAUGCUGAGAAGUUUGGAAUCGGGUUCUAAUUUCGCUCCUCUGAAGGUGGGCGGAAUUUACUUGCCUCUGCAUUGGCCCGCCCAGGAAUGCUACAGAUACCCUAUCGUUCUCGGCUACGACAGCCAACACUUUGUCCCCCUGGUGACCCUGAAGGACAGUGGGCCGGAAAUCCGAGCUAUUCCACUUGUUAACAGAGAGCGAGGAAGAUUCGAAGACUUAAAAGUUCACUUCUUGACAGAUCCCGAAAAUGAGAUGAAGGAAAAGCUCCUGAAAGAGUACUUGACGGUGAUAGAAAUCCCCGUUCAAGGCUGGGACCAUGGCACCACCCAUCUAAUUAAUGCUGCAAAGUUGGAUGAAGCUAACUUACCCAAAGAAAUAAACCUGGUAGAUGAUUACUUCGAACUUGUCCAGCAUGAGUACAAGAAGUGGCAGGAAAACAAUGAGCAGGGGCGGAGAGCCACGCACCCUCAGAACCCUCUGGAGCCUUCCGUGCCCCAGCUUUCUCUCAUGGACAUCAAGUGCGAGACGCCCAACUGCCCUUUCUUCAUGUCGGUGAACACCCAGCCCUUGUGCCACGAGUGCUCAGAGAGACGGCAGAAGAACCAAAGCAAACCCCCAAAGCCCACCUCCAAGCCGGACCCCGAGGCGCUGCCCGGCCUGGCGCUCGGAGCCUCCCGCGGGGAGGCCUGGAACCCCGAGGAGCCCUCCGGGGGCCCCCGAUCAGCCCCUCCGACGGCUCCCAGCCUCUUCCUGUUCAGCGAGACCACGGCCAUGAAGUGCAGGAGCCCCGGCUGCCCCUUCACGCUCAACGUGCAGCACAACGGCUUCUGCGAGCGAUGCCACAAUGCCCGGCAGCUCAGCGCCGGCCACCCCCCGGACCCCACACGCCAUCUCGACCCCAGCAAGUGCCAAGCCUGCCUCCAGAACGUCACCAGGACGUUUAACGGGAUCUGCAGCACUUGCUUUAAAAGGACUACGGCUGAGCCCGCCUCCAGCCUCGGCUCCAGCAUCCCCCUAUCCUGCCACCAGCGCUCCAAGUCGGACCCCUCGCAACUGGCCCAGAGCGUCUCCCCACACCCCUGCCGCAGAGCCGGGCCCGAGGCUCCCUCUGGCUGCUCCGCCUCGGCCGCACGGACUCCGGGGGACAGGACGGGGACAAGCAAGUGCAGAAAAGCCGGCUGCAUGUACUUUGGGACUCCGGAAAACAAAGGCUUUUGCACGCUGUGUUUCAUUGAGUACAGAGAAAAUAAACAUUUCGUCACUGCCUCGGGGAAAGCCAGUCCCACGGCCUCCAGGUUCCAGAAUGCCGUCCCCUGCCUGGGCAGGGAAUGCGGCGCCCUCGGAAGCACGGUGUUUGAAGGAUACUGUCAGAAGUGUUUCAUUGAGGCUCAGAAUCAGAGAUUUCAUGAAGCAAAAAGGACUGAAGAGCAGCUGAGGCUGAGCCAGCGCAGAGACUUGUCACGAGCCACCCAGAGCGCUUCCAGGUCCAAGUGCGCCCGGGCCACCUGCAGGAACGUGCUGGCCUGCUGCAGCCAGGAGCUGUGCAUGGAGUGCCAGCCCCUUGGCCAACGAGUGAGCCCUGGCGCCCGGCGGCCAGAGCCCGUCCCAGAGGAUCCCCCAACGCAGCGCUGCCGGGCCCCCGCCUGCGACCACUUCGGCAACGCCAAGUGUAACGGCUACUGCAAUGAGUGCUUUCAGUUCAAGCAGAUGUAUGGCUAGCCUGAGACAGGGCGGCAGCCCGGCCCAGGGAGACCUGGAACUUUAGCCAGCGUGGUGCUCUGCUGUCAAGACCCCCAUGCCACCGGAGGGUCCAUCCUUGCACGAUUAGCUCAGGGUUCGUCUGAGCAAGGGAGGAAAGUAGCUCUCGGUCACAGCCUGAAAUGGGAGCGGCACGUAUGGCUGGCAGCAGAUGGCCUGGGAUUCAGCCCGGGGCUGCUCCUCCUCUCCUUCCAAGCAGGAGGCCAGGGACCUCGUGGACUCAGUAUGCAGGCCAGGACUGCUGCUGCAUCUUUCAAGAAAAAGGAGAAGACACAGGGUCAGGAGGGCCAGGAAACCUGGAGCCAUUCCCCCUGCCCUCCAGCCACACUUGUCACUCAAGGAGACCCAUCGUCUCACUCAAGGAGAUGAAGGGCUGAAGCCUCAGGGCGAGUGGGCCCUCCCCGCCAGGAGCGCAGGAAGCUUGGGGAAAGUGGACAGAUCCAGAGUGUCAGUCAUUUGGGGUAUUUCCCUGCCUGCCUCAUUCCUUUCCCACAGACAGGGCAGAAGCAGAACCAUCCAUGGACUAUGAUUCUGAGGCUGCUGAAACUGAACAAGUUAACAAUGAAAAGCAAAUCAGCUGCUCUUUACAAUAUGCACCUUUUAAAACUCAGACCGUCUUAGUGGGCAGAUGUGUAACUCUUUUGGUUAUCACUGUCUUUACUUCUAAAGGUUACACUGAACUGAGGUGUGCAUAAACACAGUACACAUGUAAUGUCCCCUUAUGUAUAAGGGAAUAGUUGGCUUUUUUUUUUUUUUUUUUUUUUUAACUGGAGUGAAAUGCUGCCCUAGGAGUUGUAAGUAAGAAGACUGAAUAAUAAUAACCUGUUUUCUGGUUGUUGUUGGGGCAGGCACCAUCCAUAACAGCAGCACUCUAUUCAAUCUAUGUAAAUCACUUUAUUUAUUUUAUUGCAAACUUUAAAGUUAUUUAAGUGAAGAUGUUCCUUUUGAUCUAAGGAAGAUGCAGAACUGUCUUCCUGCUUGCUUUCAAUCACGUGAUCGACUGGGGCAAGUUCCCGACCGCAGUGGAGGUGUCGUCCUCGUCCAUGCUCUUUGGUUGCCUUCCCUAGGAAAGACGGAAUUGCAUCGACAGUAAGUUCAUGAAAAUCUCACGCUUCUUCGUGAAACUCUGGCCAGAGCCACUUCCCAGCCCUCUUAUAAGAAACUGUUCUCCAGCAGCGUAUAGAUGCUUCUGCGUAUCCUACCUCCUUAGAGAGGCGAUUGGGAAGGAGUGGGGGUGAGAUUGGAGAUCACAGUGAGAGAUGCUGCCUUUGAUGCUGGUCUUAUUUGCUGUAUUAAUGCUGUGUCCUGGGGUGCGGGGCAGUGACCUCAUGCCCAGAGGCCACCUUAGCACUGGGACAGCAAAACCCUUGUAACCAUGAGUAUGAGAUUUCUUUCUGUCCUUGGCUUGCAGUGUCUCUGUGUGCUUUGUGUGUUACUGUCAUACUUGUUCUAGGGGAAAAAAAAAAAAAAAAAGAAAGAAAGGCAGGGGAAACACAUUGUCCCCAGAGGUAAAGGCUGCUAUUUUAUUUUAUUUUAUUCUUUCGGCCUGGACUUACGACCUGAAAAUUGGCAAGUGCUAACUCUCCAUGGCCUUUACUUGUGCUACGUUUUCCCCUUGGAACACCAUAGGCCUUUUUCCUCAACAUAUCUCUGUGUAAUUUCUUUCAAAGGUUUCAAAUAAACUUCAGUGUGUUCAUUUAGUUCUUUUAAAGUUGUUAUUUUAAUAUUGUAUGUGUAUCAAUAUUUUCAUUCCUAAUGUGAAAAAAUUGAAUUAUUUAUACUUAUUAUAGAAAGCAUUUGAAAUUUGCACAUUUAGUUAUCUCUCAUAGAAAACAGUUGACUUUGUGUUGGCUUUCUUCAAGUUUUUCUAAAUUUGAAUGUAAAUUUUCACAUAAGUCAAAAUUUAUAAAUAAAUUAUUUAAGAACAAA